UCUGUGAAAGAGAGAGAGCUCAAGACACGUAAAACAAUACAUACGCCUUUCCUUUUUCUCCCUUUAAACUUUUCGACAAGCAACACACAAAAUUCUCAUAAACUAAAGUGAUAUCGACGACGAUGGCACCUCGCUUCUCCUCCGCCGUCAAGAUCGUACCCGGUCUCGUUUUAGAUGGCUUUCUCAACGCUAUCAUCAGGCGUGGAUAUACGGCGGAAGCAAUGGCAAUGGCGGCGUCAGAAAGAGUGACGUCUACCUCGGCUGGGGGAGGAGUACUUCCGGCGGCAGGAAGCGAUGGAGUGAUGAAGAAAGAAGAAUCAGAAAGGAGUACUACUGAGAAGGCCGCAGCGGCGUGGAUGCCCGACCCGGUUACCGGCUACUAUCGACCGGAGAACUACGUGGAUGAGAUGGACCCCGUGGAUCUUCGUGAUAAGCUAUUGAAGGCGAGAAGAAAUACAAUUAAUUGAACGAAAGGAAUACGAAUAAGAGAGAAACAAAGUUUUGGAUGCGCCAUUGAUGAAGAGAGCCAUAGCUUGAGAUUUGAUCGUAAAGGAUUUAGAUAUGGAUAUCUUUUUCAAUUCUAUAUCAAUUAAUUUGAAAUAUCAUACCCUCAUUUAUCUUUAUAUAUCAA